UGAAAGAAAUGGACCCUUCAUGAUGCGUUCAACGUGCCAGUGCUGUGGUGGGAAAGGCUCCAUCAUAAACACGCCCUGCGCCCUGUGCAGAGGUUCAGGCCAAGAAGAAGAAGACGAUGACUUCCAAGCCCAAGAAGGUCGGCCUCAGCGUGGGCGAGCUGAUUGUGAAAGCCGUGGCCGCUUCCAAGGAGCGCAACGGCCUGUCCAUGGCCGCUCUCAAGAAGGCUCUGGCUGCCGGAGGCUACGAUGUGGACAAGAACAAGGCCCGUGUCAAGACCGCCAUCAAGAGCCUGGUGGCAAAGGGCACUCUGGUGCAGACCAAGGGCACCGGGGCCUCCGGAUCCUUCAAGAUGAACAAGGCUACUGAGAGCAAAGCCAAGAAGCCCGCCGCGGCCAAAGCCAAGAAACCGGCAGCAGCUGCUAAGAAGUCGCCCAAGAAGGCAGCGGCAGCACUUCAGCCACUAGCACAAAGUCAACCGCAUCAGAGGAGGGACAGGACAAAGCUGAAGGAGAAACUGCCUGCUAUUGGACUAUUGAUGUGGCAGAGGACAAUAGUGAGAGUGGUCAGCUCCAUGCUUCAGAAGAAACUCGACACUGGAAACAUUGCCUCGCUGACUGGCCAGCAUCAGAGCGGUACCAUGCUUUAA